AGUAGUAAACUAACAUUCGAAGGGAAGAAGAGGGGCGUGGCACGCGAAACAGGAGCGAAAGGUUUGAGGAAUAGGUAUUAUUAUGAGUAGUCAAUGAAACGGAUGGUAUUGGUGAUAGGGAGUCAGUUGUUGACAAAAUCGACUGAAUUUAGUAAUACAUUUUUGGUUUGUUGUGUUGUGUUGUGUUCGUUCUGAAGCCAUCUAUAACGAUAGUUUAAUCAGAGAAUUUGAUAUAAUUUGAAAAUUACUAUGUCUUUCUUAAGAAAUUACAUAGCCAUUGUUUUUGUUUUAUCAGUCUACUUUUUCUAUGAAGGUGGUGCCAUAAAAUGUUGGGUUUGCCGUUCAGAUUCAGAUCCAAAAUGUGGUGAUCCUUUUGACAACUCAUCGGUUCCUAUAACAGAUUGUAAACAAGAACCAGACCUAGAGCACAUCCCUGGGGUGCGGCCGACGAUGUGCAGGAAAAUCAGGCAAAAAGUGAAAGGAGAGUGGCGAUAUUUCCGAAGCUGUGCAUACCUGGGAGAACCUGGGAUUGGAGGGGAUGAACGAUUCUGCCUUAUGCGUACCGGGACCUACAACAUAUGGAUGGAGUACUGCACUUGCAACACCAAGGAUGGAUGUAACACAGGUUCACUGACUACUCUCUCGUCUAUAGCUGCUCUGCUAUUUGUUAUUGUAGUAUUAUACAGGUGAGCUAUUCACCAUGGAUAGUUCAUUUGUGUCUGAGCCGGAUGCCACUCUGACAAAAGCCAUUGUGAAGUAUUAUCAGAAAUAAUUAGAUUUGGAAUAACAUUGAAGCUUGCGUUUUAGGCUAAAUCUGUAAACAAUGUGUGCACACAAUUAUUGAGAGUAUGAUAGAACUAUUAAAACUACAAUCUGUUUAAGAUAUUUUAAGAGUUAUUUAUAUUGUACAUUGUACCAGAAUGAUUAAGUCGACUCAUUAGGAACACUGUAUCAAAUAAAAAUUUGGAAACAUAAAAAAAAGAAAUCUGUAACUUUGCAUAGUUAAUAUAGCAUGUUUUGUUAAGAAGAUUGGCCACGAUAUGGAAUGGUUUCUUUUUAACUAGGAUAGUUUUUUGUGGGAAAAAUAUUCUAGGCGAAUAAUUAUUUGGUAUUCUUGUUAUAUAAAACACGAUUUUUAUACUAAUUUUUCAAACCUCUCAAUAAAGAAAAUACUACAAACAAAUAAGAAAAUAACAUUAAAAUAGUGAAUCUCACAAUUAUAAUUUCACUGUAUCUCAAAUGUUGCAUGCAUAGUUGUAGCUCAUUGUUUUAUCACUGAUUUAAAAAGAGUGUGUAGAAAUGCUAUACAAGUUUAGUUUUAAUUUUAUCUAUAUGUUAAGCUAUCAAAUAUUUUAUAAGGAACUAUACAAACAGUUAAUUUAAAUUAAUUUUAUUAUUUGUAUUUUAGACUAAUUGUGAACAGAUGGUCGAAAAUGUAUAGGGUGAAGCAGGAACUACAGCAUAGUAACUAGAAGAUGUACUUUAUUUAAAAGAAGAUAUUUAGAAUUAUGGUGUAGUGUAUUACAAUCCUCUAUGUAACUGAUAUUAGCAGUUCGAGUAAUAGCAUGUCUCCCUUACUUUUACACUUCUUUGUAACUGUGGAAACUGCUUUAUCAUAUAACUUUUUCUAUUUUAUCAAAAAAGUUUAAAUUAUAGUAAGCUAGAAAAUAUUUACUUGUCUACACUGAAAUGUAUAAUAUUUAUUAAUAUGAAUAUGAAACAAUAUUUACGAUAUAUUUUGCUUUGCUCAUUUGGAUGCACAAGUCCUUGAAAGAUUCUUUGUUUGAAGGUUAUUUUUGACGAUGGAAGGAUUGUGGAGGAAACAGGAUUUUUCCGGACAUUUGCCAUCGUUCAGUGAAACAAUAAAUCAGUAACACUACGUUUCGAGUAAAUCCUUGAAAGAAAUUUACUUUUUUUCAGUGUACAAGAUACAAACCAAAGUAGCCAUUUUAAAUGGGCAACAGUCUAAUUAUAAGUAUAUAUCUACCAGGACACUGUUUUUAUGAGUGAAUGACAAGUUUGAUCAAUUUGUUAUAAACUGUCAGCUAAAUCAGUCUAGUUGAUUUGACAUAAUCAAAUUUAUUACUGUGGCAGACUAACUCGUCACCAUUUUUGUGUUUUAGGUAAUGUGUUGUUUUUGUGUAUUUGUGUGAUAGAUGUUAUUUAUAAAGUGUCACUGUAUUGUAAUUGUAAAGUUUUUUAUAACUAGACUAAUAAUUUAACGUUACUGUGCUUAUUGCAUAUUGCCUAUAAUCAUUACUUGAUAUAGGAAACACUAAAGAAAACAGCUAAUUUUAGUAGAGAUUUGUCAGAAUUUAAGAAACAUUAAACAAUCCGGAAGCAUUUUAAUUUGAUUUCACCCUGGUGAGGUGAUACUUGCUGACAUAAGAGACAGUCGCAAUUUUGAUGAACCUCUGAUCAUCUUUACCUUAAACACUGGAAUAACACCUAAUUGAUUCAUGCCUAUUUCUGUUUUACAAUUAUCAUAGAACUCAGUAGUAAUACAUUAUAAAUCUUUUUUCAAAAAAUACUAUGAAUAUUACUGUAUGUUAGGUUAAAAUAUUACGUGUGUUACUGAAAUAAUGGGAGCCAUUCUAUAACAAAUCAUGAAAUAUUGUAGACAAUUUUUAUUUAUUUCAUUAGAACUUUAAAAAAACUGUCUAGGCCUCAAAGUACUGCUCUUUAAACUUAAAGUCAAUUAUUUGAAAAUGGAUCAGGAGAUUGGAAUAUCUUCCAGUAACUAUCAUUUAUCAUAGGAAUACAUGGUAUGUCAUUUAAAAAGGAUAUUCCUGUGGUAUCUCAGUUGUUUAGCAGUAAACUGUGUGUGAAGCCACGGUUUAAACUGCUAGUAUUUCCUAUUUGUUGGAAUUUUUGGUUGAAGUACAUGAUAAUGUGUACUUAUUACAUGUAAAAUUUGUGGAUAAGGCAAAGACUUUUGACAUAUUUGUCACUACAUAUGUUAACAAUAGAGCAGAUGGUUCCCAGUUUAAGAGUUAUUCUUAAUUUUUCUCAAAGUGAAAUUUUUGUUUCCUUUAGUACCAUAUAAAUGCAUGUGUGUCUUUGUUAUGCAAUUAUAUUUACUUUUGAUGUUGUAAACUGAUAUAAAGUAUGAGUUAAGAAAACAAUGUCAAAAGGUUUGACUGCAGUGGUUGUAUAGUAUAAAUAACUCAUAAAUAACCUUAAUGAGGUUAUUUAUGAGUUAUUUAUGAAAUGACUGUUACUAAGUGCCUUUAUAAGAAUGUUAGGCAUUACUAACUUAUUUAAUAUGAAAAGUAUAUUAUACAAUGGGGUAAGUGUGUUAAGUUUUGUGUUCGUUCUCUUCCCAGUGUAUAUUUUACGGCUCUUUCUACAGCACCCCAAAAAUAUAGCUGCUAACAUGUUAAUUUUAUCUUAACAGUACUAAAAUUGUCGGAUUCAAUCCAACAGCGGGAUCUAUAAUGGGUUAAUCAUUCUUAGUAUGAAUAUAUUAACUGACUGUAAUUAUGUAUGACUCAAAGAGUUAGGUCCUUGCAAAGCAAUUGAAUUGAGUAACAUUAAAAAGAAACAACAAAAUAACAAUGAUUUACAUUAAUUUAACUGUAGCACCGCACCUAGCUAAUUAUACUUGUAAUACAUAAUUCAGUAUGAAUGUUUAUAUUGAUUAUUUAUUAAUUCCUACCAUAUACUUAAAAUGUUUAUUAGUCCUUAAGUGUAGUCUCGCUGCAAUAGCAAGGGAGCGGUAUGCCAUCUUUGGUAGUUUGAACAAGGGUGGUAAAUUUCCCCAGGAUGACCUGAUAGGUUGUUUUCGGCGGAUUGUAGAACUGCUGAAACCGGAGACUAGUGAGCCUUCUGGUGUGCUUCCGGGGUGCGCAAAAGGCCCUUGAGGCUUAAGUGCAUGGCAAUAGGCCGUCCCAUAGAAGAAGAAGCCUUUAAGAAUCAACUGCUAUGUUUUUAUAUAACAAUGAGAAUUUGGGCAUUUUGCUGUGUAAACAUUGAUUUUCAGAAAAUAAUUUUAAACAGAAUAAAGAAAUAUAAUUUUAGUCUGUCGUAUUUUAGAAUGUUGGCUGCUAGUUGUACUGAAAAACAGUAAUUAAUAAUCAGUUUAUUUUACUUAAAACUUGACUAAGUACCUUGAGAUCCUUAGUUGAACCCAAAUUAUUGUUGAAUUUCUGAAUAGAGUAUUAAAAUUUUUCUACUCAAUGGUUAAGGGACCAAAGAUAAUUGUGUAACGUAUUUCACUUUUAAACUUAAUGUAUCAUAGUUGAUCAUUUGUUCAUUACACAGCACACUUAGUCACUGAAGGGCCCUCAUUGAUUAAAGAUGUUGGAUUAGCUUAUUUUUGUAAUUUCUUUAAUACUAUAUUAAGGGCCUUCAAUAAAUUAAAUCACAUUAAAAAGUGGCAAAAAUGUAUGAUACAAUUUAUGUGACCCCAAAACCCAAAAACCUUAAUAAGUUCCUUCUUUUUAAACAUCUUAUUACUGUUACUGUAUUACACUAUAAUUUUUGAAAGUCAAAAUAAUAUAUUAGUAUAAAAAUAAAAUUAUCAAUUGACACAAAACUGUAUUGAAUAUUGUAAAGAGUAUAAAGUUUCUGUUUUGAUACCAAGCCAUAAUUUUAAGUUAUCUAGAUAAUCAUUAUAUUAUGCAUCAGCCAAGUUUAAUUAAUAUUGGGUUUUCCUAAAAAAAUCAGAGUAGCUUUGUUUUUUCUAAACAUAUUUUGUUGGUUCAAAAAACAAAAAUUUAUUGUUUAACCUUCUAUUGGUCAUUAACUAGACUCUACGUGGAGGAUCUAGACUAAUUUUUCUAAGUUUAUAAAUCAACAAUUCAAAUAUUAAGGCCAAUAUAUUUGUUAUUUGUGUGUUCUUAACGAUUUAAUUAUGAGAAAGUGGUACUUAUGGUUUAAAAAAUUGGAAAAUUUUAAUAAACCAUAAAUGUUAAUGUAUAGUUUGUACAGACCACCAUGUUGAUACAUUAUUUAAGUAUUCACCUUCAUACAGAUAGAGAUAAAAGUAUUCAAAAAGUGGUGAAUAUCUAUAAAAAGCUUAGAUUCUCAGCUAUAAGAUACCAUACGUAUUGUGAAUAUAUUUUUCCAAAGAAUAAUUACAUGUUUUACAAUGUUCAUAUAAGUCAAUUAAUAUAUUUUCCCAUUUAAUUUUUACUUUUUUAAUAAAUAAGAUACAAUAAAAAAAAAUUACGCAUUCAGUAAAACAUUUUAUAUAGUUACAUACUACAAUCUUGUUAAUACUUAAAACUCAUUUUUACAGGCCAAUUAAAAAGCCUUGCACAUUUUCUCAAUGUUCAUUUAAAAAAUACUUUUCUUAUAGCAUUUUGUAUUUAUAUUAUUUUAAAAUAUUGAACAGUUUCCACCAACAAAUGAUAUUUAAAUUUCUUUUAGCUCUUAUUGUAUUUUACAAUGAAGAACUUUAUAAUAAUAUGUUUUUUUUAUUAUAUUGUUUUAAAAUGGUUUCAUUACAUUCCUACAAUAUCCAAAUGUUAUUGACUGAAGUAUUAUAUUCUUUGAAUAUGUUUUUAAGUAUCAUAUCAACUUGUUUUAAACACCAUAUUGUUCCAGUUGAGUAUCAUUUAAUGUUCUGUAAUUGUUUUAGUUGUCUCUUUUUGGAUUUUACCAAUCAUAGAUGCUGUCUGUAUGUUUGCAAGUUUUGGUUGGGAGAGUAAUGUUACAUUGUUAAAAUAAUAUAUUUUAUAUUCAUUGGAAGCAAAAGCUUUUUCAAAGACUUGUACUUUUAUGAAUAUUUAAAGUUUUUUAUUUGAUAUAGAUUUAAUUGCAUGGAUUUUGAAUUUGUUUUAAACUAAAUUUUUAGAUAUUACAAGAAUAAACGUCAAGGGGUUAUAACCAGCACACUAUAAAUAUUAAAAAAUGUAUAAGUUAAGUACAGUAUUAUGCAAUGAUGUUUACUAAUUGUUUUAUAUGUUAUAUCACUGAGACACAACUUUAUUAGUUAUACAUAACUACACAUUUAUGUAACUACUGUGUAUUCUGAAUCUCAAUGCAAUUUAAUCCGUCCAAUAUAACUUUUUUAAACACGUUUACAAUUAGUGUUAUUGCACUAUUUAUAAAAGUAUAGAUUUACAAACUGCCUAGUUCUUUCAUGUUUUUACUCAAACUUGAUCUAUUUACUUUAUAGUUUAUAAAUGUAACGUUAGACUUGGUUGUCCCAAAAUAGAAUAAAGAAGAUUUUGCUGUAAGAUCUUUUAGUAAUGAAAUAGUAUUUUUAUUGUUGUUAUGUACAUGAUAAUUAUUACCAUAAUGUAAAAUAGGUAUGUACAGAUUAUAAAUGGUAAGAUGACUGUUGCAAGAAAGUUUUAAACAAUUUUUACACAUUAAAUCCGUCCUACAAGA